AUGGCUGACUUUCAAGGCUAUAUCAUUCUCUUCCUCGUCUGGCUUAUUUCCACCAUUCUCCUCCAAGUCCUCUUCAAGACUCGAAAGUCUCCCCUUCCUCCAAGCCCAACAGCCUUUCCGAUCAUCGGUCACCUCCACCUUCUUGCUCCGAUACCUCACCAGGCUCUUCACAAACUCUCGAAACGUUUCGGACCCUUAAUCCACAUCUACCUCGGCUCUGUCCCUUGUAUUGUCGUUUCCUCGCCAGAGAUAGCCAAAGAGGUCCUCAAAACCCAAGAAUCUUCCUUCUCCAACCGACCCAAAAUCGCUGCUGUUGAUUACUUAACUUAUGGUUCACAAGAUUUCUCAUUUGCACCCUAUGGACCUUACUGGAAGUUCAUGAAGAAGUUGUGCAUAUCAGAGCUUCUUGGUGGCCGAACACUAGACCUCCUCCAUCCGGUUAGGUGCGAUGAAAUUCAACGUUUUAUCGAAUUUCUAUCGAAAAAGGCCAGAGCUGGUGAGGAAGUUGAUGUUGGAGGAGAGCUUAUAAGGGUGACAAACAAUGUAAUAUCAAGAAUGUUAAUGAGUGAGAGAUGUUGUGAGAAUGAGGAUGAAGCCGGUGAGAUUAGGAAGUUGGUUCAAGAGAUAGCCGAGCUCACAGGGAAGUUUAAUCUGUCUGAUUUUAUAUGGUUCUGUAAGAAUCUGGAUUUGCAGGGAUUCAGAAAGAGGCUCAAGCAUGUUCGCGACACCUACGAUUCGAUGAUGGAAAGGGUUAUAAGGGAACAUCAAGAGGCAAGGAGGAAGAAGAAGGAAAGUGGUGAUAGAAGUGAUGUGGUUAAAGAUCUGCUUGAUAUUUUACUGGACAGUUCAGAAGAUGAGAGCACAGAGAUCAAAUUAACCAAAGAGAACAUCAAAGCCUUUAUCCUGUGCUUUGAAUGGAAGGUUAGUGGUGGAGGGAAUGGCACUGUGGACAUGGAGGAGGGAACUGGACUCACUCUUCCAAGGGCUCAUCCCUUGGUUUGUUUUCCAGUGGCUAGGCUCAAUUCAUUUCUUUUGAAAUAG